CCCGCACACUUCGUGACCGAGUGCUUUGUGUUUGGGCUUGUCCUUUGCGAGCUGCCGUGAUGCUGCUCGCAUUGUGUUGUUUUUUUGGCUGCGUGAGGGCGGAGGAACGGUGGAGGAACGGCGGAGGGAAGGGCUCGCUCGAAGGAAGUGAAUGCAGUCACAAGCUCUGCUGCAGGAUCUAAUUGAGAUACAUAAUGGUGACACCGUCGAAGGCAUUAGGGAAUCGCACUCCCGAGCAGUUAAAGGUUACGGAACUGCGUGAGGAGCUCCGGAAACGUGGCAUCCAAAUCAAGGGUUUGAAAAAGGAUCUGGUCGAUCGACUUGAAGAUGUACUCAGGCAGGAAGAAAUGGAGCAGCAAAAAACAUUUGAAACUAAUGGUCCUGCUCCUGUGGAUUCUGUGCUACCUGAUCCUGUAACUCCAGUCAAAAUGAAACAUUCUAAGGAUCAUGCGCAUGCAGCUGUAGAAGAGCAUGCGUAUAAUGUGGUUUCUGGACCUGCUAUCGCUGUAACAAUGGAUGAAACUGAAGUUCCGGGAAGUCCAAAAAACAUUGCUUUGCCUUCUGAACAUCCGACAGAGGAACCAACGGUUCUGUCAGUACCAGAUGCAGAAACCAAAUCUCAGGAAGAAGAUACCUCAUUCCAUAGCAUUGCAGCUGAAGAAACCGAGAAGUCAGAAACUGCGUCUCAGAACGCGAGAGUCGAGGCAGACGAGAUAGCCACUGCAUCGGAAGUCCUCGUUACUCAACCAGUAACUGCAGUAGGAGAAAGCCGAGAACCUGUGCUGGAGAUCGCAGAGGAUGAAGAUAAGCACGCCAAUAGGGAAUCCCCUUUAGAAAUCAAAGAAGACGCUGUUGAGGAAGGUGUUCUUGCAGAGGUUGUUUUGAAAGUCUCGAAUGAAAGCCUUGAAAGAAAGGAAGAGCCUCAAGUACAGGAAGUAAGGGAAGAGAUUAUUCAUACAGUGCAUGAAGAAAUUCUGUCUGAGAGGUCUACCGAUGGAGUGCCAGCUGUUGGAGGAGUUGUGGAUGAGGCCGUGGGAGAGGAGGAGGAGGUUGUCACUAGAACCGUUGAAAAGACUGUGGUAACGACUGCGGAAGACCAGAUUGUUUCAGUUGUCUCUAAAGACCUAAAUGAUACAGGAGGGCAAUUGAUUGUACAGGAGGAACGAAUUGUUACAACGAGCACCACUGUUACAAGCUUGGAAGAAUCAGCAACCGCGGUUACGACGACGGAAGAGACAAGUACCACGGUAGUGAAGUCGGAGGAAAUUUCAACUUUGGUUGUUGCUGGUGAAGACUUGAAACGUGAUGCGGAGGUUGUAGAAACGUUGGAGUGCAAAAGUGAUGAUCCUAUGGGCGAGGCACCUAUGGAGGAUGUCAUCAAAGAAGCUGACGAAGCGACAGCCGCAGAAAAACUAAACGAUGGGACGCUGAUGGAUGUUGAUGCGGAUUCCCUGAAAGGAUCGAAAAGAAAGGGGGCAGUAGAUGGAGAAAAUACUGCCUCGGAGCCCACAAAACGACGACGCUGGAAUUCAACUAAAGGCGAUGGAGAUGGCAAGGGGCCGGGAAAAGAGAUUCAACCUCUCGAGUUGCUAGAAUCAACCUCUCGGGAUGCAGUCAUUUCUCCGAAUGCUCCUGUUUCAUCUGCCGCAGCGCUUACUCCCAAGAGUAUACCUUCGGACAAGUUGGCCGUUACUAGGACUGCCCCAGUAAGAAUGGAAGCCUCAGGCAACGGAGAGAGCCAAAAAACACGUGUUGUGCCACCUAGUGCCAAGCCCGCCACAACAUCGUUGAAGAUUGAUAGGUUUUUAAGACCCUUCACUUUCAAAGCCGUCAAGGAGCUACUUGCACUAACAGGCACGGUCCAAGAUAUUUGGAUGGACCAAAUCAAAACCCACUGCUAUGUCACAUAUUCAUCUGUUGAGGAGGCCACAGCCACACGCAACGCACUGUACAAUCUUCAGUGGCCUCCACAAGGAGGACGACUUUUAACAGCUGAAUUUGUCGAUCCAUCCGAUGUGAAACUUCGAAGUGAUGGUGACAAAGCAUCCGCAGCUGUGGCUUCAACUCCAACAGUAGCUCCUUCCACCAACGCUAGUACUCCUAGAGGAGUCAUGUCAGCUAACUCAAAGGCUUCAACAGAUGGAGCAGCCUCACUUCCUCCUCCCCCACCCCUUCCAUUGCCUUCCAAGGAUAAGACUAAUAAGCAAGAAGUCGAGAGGACUCCUACCCUGGAUGAUCUUUUCAGGAAAACAAGAUCGAAACCACAUAUAUACUACCUCCCUUUGACCGCCCAGGAGGUAGCUGACAAAGUGGCUGCCAAGAAUCGAGAAGCUGCCACUAAGCCUGCUGCUAAGGCUUAGAUAGAUUUGAUUCGUGCACAAGUCCGACCUCCAAUUUGUAUCAGCGUCCCUGUUGGCUGGUAAGAGAUGUCUGAAAAUCGUUACACAUGCUAGUCCGGCAUAAUAUCGGGUCUGUUGGACAUGAGAACCAUCUGGUAAGUGUGCGUGUGUGUUUUUAAUUUUUUUAAUUUUAUUUUUAAUGUUAAUAUUAAAAAACCCCUUACAUCCUAUAGAUGAAUAGAGAAUGCGAAGAUUCAGUUUUUUUUCUUUUUUCUUUUCGUUUCUUUUCUUUUCCAUAGUUGCUGUCAGCUAGUGCUUAGCUCCGCAAGAAGUUGACAGACGAUUUUCUCAAUCUAGUCAUUGCCAGGUUCCUCUCCAUCUUCAGCCUAGUCUUCAAGUGCAAUCUCCGUAGGGUUUGUAAAAUCACACAAUCAUUGGCUGCUUUUGAUACCCUGACUUUUGAGCAGAAAGGCAGAGAAAUUUUGGGUCGGGACUAAUCUCGACCUUGGAAUUUGCAUUCGUCGGACUGGUGUCUGUGUUUUAGAGGAAUUUUGUCUCACAGGUGACCAAGCUAUGACGCAGUUGGCACUUCGUUUGGGAUUACGUUUUUCUUUCGCCAGUUUCAAAUGCAUCUUCGACCGACCUUCCGACAUAUAGCACCCAGUGCAUACAUCACAAUUCUGAAGGAUAUUUUUGUUGCAAUUUGCUUAAUAUAUUGAGAUGUAGUUGCAGAAAGGUUGGAGCAGCUUUCAAAGCUUUGCUUCAUACAAUGUACUUGUUAGUCCCAGAUUUGUUAAUUGAUCUUUCUGUGGCAGUUUCUUAUCCUGUUAGCAUUUUAGUUCAAAUCUUCCAUGCUGGUUCUACUAUGACAAAAUGAUACAUGCUUUUCUUCUCUAUUACUUUAAACCUUC